UCUGUGGACGUUGGUUAAGUUCGUAUAUGAAUCAUGGGAUUUCUUAAGCAACUUGUGUCGGCUUUUGUAUUCCUAGUAGGACUUUCUGCACUUGUCCUGUUCCUAAUCUGGGUGUGGUUGGGUUUCGAAAAUAUCCCCAACAAAGUGCAAGAUCUUGGCUUGUUGCAGAAUGCCUCGUAUGAUUUCAUAAUAGUUGGCGCUGGAACGGCUGGCAGCGUCCUGGCGAAUCGUCUAUCCGCCAAUCCGAACGUAUCCGUUCUGCUGGUGGAAGCUGGGGGCGUCUUCGGGGCAGCAUCCAUCGUCCCAUUGUUCAGUACGGCUAUGCAGCAAACCAAGUACGAUUGGGCAUUCCGUACAACGUCGCAAAAGUACUCCUCGCACGGUUUAAUCAAUAACCAACAAUUCCUACCACGUGGUCGAGGACUGGGUGGAUCCGGGCAAAUCAACUAUAUGCUGCACUUUACCGGGAUUAUGGAGGAUUUCGAUCGCUGGGAGAAGUUGGGCGCUCUCGAGUGGGGCUACGAACAGAUGAAGCCCUACCUGGAGAGGCAUGAGCGGGCAGAGGAAGGUACGACGGAAGAAGCGUGCUAUCCAGAACUGAAGAAGGAUGAUGAAAUAUUUGAGCAAAACCAAUACCCAUCGAUGUUAUCAAACGUCGAGAAAUCGCCGGUGCUCAACUUUUGCUCCAGCAAAGUCCCAUCCGAAGUGAACCGUCCACGAAAGGAGUCCAACAAUCCCGCCCUGCACGUCACUUCCGUCAGCACUGAAGAUAAUCUACUAGCAAAAGCCUUCACCGAAGUUCCCGCCCAUCUGGGAUCGGAAUACAACUUCAACCCGGCCCGGUACACCAUUCGCAACGGCAUACGAUGGAGCAGUUACCAUGAAUAUCUCCGCCCGGCUUUCACUCGAUCCAAUCUUCAUAUCCUAACCGAAACAAUGGUAGAAAAGGUUGUCUUCGAUGAGCACAAACGGGCUUCUGCCAUCUCCAUUAAAGUUCCCGACCGUAACAGUUCGAUUGAAAUCAGGGCAACCAAAGAAGUGAUCCUGAGUGCUGGGGCUUUCCAGACUCCACAGCUUCUGAAGCUGUCCGGAAUCGGACCAGCCAUCGAGUUGAAGCGUCACCGUAUCCCCAUGAUUCACGACUCACCAAACGUCGGUCAGAACCUCUUCGAUCACAUGAACCUUCCUCUGUUCGUGUCGAUCAACGCCACCGAGAGCGUCACGCUGAACAAAAUUAUCCAUCCGCAAACCCUCUGGAACUACCUGAGAAAAGGAACGGGAGUUCUCGCUACUACCGCCGUGGCCGGAAUCGGUAGUCUUCGUGGGGGCAAGUAUGGCGUCAUUCUGUUCGGAAUGGGAAGCGUUGAUGAGCAAGCCCUUCGGCACGUGUCCAACAUGAAACAGGAUGCAUUCCGCGCAUACUUCCCGCUGCAUCACAACACCAGUCAGGAAGGUUUCCUAUUCCUCAACACGUGCCAUCAACCGAAAAGUCGUGGAGCCGUCUACCUGCGGGAUCGGAAGGUGGAGUCCCAACCGUUUAUCAAUCCAAACUAUCUGAAAGACCGCUUCGACGUAGAGUGUAUGAGCGAAGCAAUUCGUUUGACUGCGAAAACCGUUGACAGUGAACCGUUCCGAAAGAUGGACGCCAAGCUGCACUGGCCAAAGGUGAGAAGUUGUGCCAAUUUCGGACCAUUUGAGGAGGACUUCCGUAUCAAUCGGCCUAGCGAUCGCUACUUGGAGUGUAUCCUACGGGUUUCGGCACUGACCGGGCAUCAUCCGGGAGGAACGGCUGCCAUGGGGUUGCAUUCCGAGGCGGUGGUAGACGGCCAUUUGAGGGUGAACGGUGUCACUGGAUUGCGCGUAGUCGAUGCCAGUGUGUUUCCGGCUCCGGUUUCUGGAACUCCGAAUUCGGUGGUGAUUGCCGUUGCCGACAAGGCGGCCGAUGUCAUCUUGAAGCAGAAUAACAGCGGCUAAGGCUUGACGUGGUUAAUGUAAGUACC